UUUCUGAAGUGUAACACUGUACUCGAGGAAGAUUACAGGGGAGCACGUGAGUCAACGGAGGUUACACGAGGGGGCGGACAAAGAAUGCGAAAGGACUCGAAAGGUCGCAACUGGAGGUUGCGACUGACCGUUACAACAUCACGGAUGAACCAUAAACCCGAAGCCCUAGACACUCAGCUAGGUCAAGUACAUCGAGCCGCAAGUCGCCACCAGCAAAACUGUAGAAGCCUCUCUGCAGAUCCGCAACGUGCUUCCGCGUUAUAGAUCUGCGGUUGGCACAUCAGGGUGGCAAUUAGACUUUAACUCGCCGCGUUUGUGAACCUAACGCCUCUCUCUGUUAGGUGUGCUGCGCGGUGGUCUCUAGCCACAUGACCGCGCCUUAACCUUUCGCCUCCCCGAGGGCCCGCGGUCCCAGUACCCGGGGAACAUGGCGUGGCGCGGGGGACGAGGGGGACGCGGAGGCCGGGGGGGGUUCGGGGGGAGGGGCGGCGGGGCUGGCGCAGUGGCGCGGGACGAUGAGGGGGCGAUCGUGUUUGCGGGUCGCGACGAAGGGCCCCCGCCCUUGUUUCCGCCCGUGGAAAUGCUGCCCGAGCUGCCCGAGAUAGCCCCUAAGGACGAGGCGAUGCUGCAGCGGCGGCGGCGCAUGGCGUCCUUCUGGCGCUACUCCGCCUACUACGUCGACCGCCCCGCGCCCGACAAGGGAGUAGCGGCGGACAUAGCAGCGUACACGGCGCGCCACAGCACCGCGGCCGCCACUGCCCCCUCGUCCUCUGCGCCGCGUGCCUCGCUCGCUGACGUCAUGGACCUCUCGAUCGCCCACUACCCCGCUGAACUCCUCUCUGCUGGAGGCAAGAAGAAAGUCCGGAAGAAGGGCAGCAACGCAUGGGUGACCGGCAAGGGGUCUGCUACCAAUGACCUCAACCGGUUGGACCAGCUUGCAACGUUGGAGCAGAAGCUAGACAAGAGCGCAGCGGAUCGAGAAGGAAAGGACGAGGAGAAGAAGGAGGGGGAGGACGAUGAGGAGGUGGAGGAGGAGGAGGAGGAAGAGGAGAUAGGAGAGGAUGACUAUGCUCAGAACUUUGGCUUUGACGACGACGACGAGUACCUGGACGAUGAUGAUGGCGCUGACGAGGGUCCUGUGUUCUAAGGGCUGCCAGUGCUGCCGGGAGAACAACACAGCAGGCGCUGGGCUGUGUUAUGCAGUGCUCCUGCCACCACCCACCUGAUGGUCUGCAUAGGUUCUCACAGUUACAAGGCAUUAUUGAUGCUGCUCGCCUCAUUCGUGUCUUCUGAAUUGCAACGGGAGGGAACAGCACGAAGAUAGGUAACUGAUGUGGGGGGGCAGCUGUAGGAGUUACUACUAGAUGGUAGAUAAAAGACAGGCACCAGCCUGGUACAGCAACUGCCUAGCAGAGAAGAUGGCAGCCAGUGGUGCAGUGAGCAUGUCAAGCAUUCACUUGCUAUUUUAUCUCCCUGCAU